UUGAUAAAUUUGACCAAUUUUUUGUAUAGCAUCAGGUGCUUCUUUUGUUUGUAAUAAUAUUUGAUCUAGUAUGUCUGUAUUAGAUUCAUUUUCUUUUAUAUAAAUGUCUAAAAACUAUUCCCGACCAUCUCAGUUUAGGGCUUAAAAAACUGUAUUCAAUAGAAGAUCCGGAGUGUGAAUUACAAGCCAAUAAAUACAAAAUGGUCCUCUCUUUUCCUGUCCUUCUUUUCACAUAGCCACAUUUUUGCGACUAUAUGCCUACCUCGACUGUACCAGCUGUUGAACGUAUUCACGUUUACCCUAUCAAGUCAUGUCACUCGAUUGAAUUGCAGGAAUGUGAAAUUGACAACUUGGGCAUUAAGCAUGACAGACGGUUUAUGAUCAUUGACGAUGAGUCUAAUAAGUUUAUUACCCAGAGAAAGUACGCAUCUUUAUGUCUCUUGCGGCCCUUCAUUGACGUUGAAAACAACACCUUGACUUUGACAGCGGAGGGAAAGGAACCACUCCGACUACCAUUGACACAGGACCUUUCUCUACUGCCCAGACGCAAGGUAACCUUAUGGAAAGAUACGCUGACUGUGUAUGACAUGGGAGAUGAGGCAUCAGCGUGGGUCACUCAGUUCUUGGCUAGUCACCGUGAGCACGAUCGUGCAAAUAACCACAGUAUAGAUGACCCGGUGAAAGAUGACGAGCCAGUCAGGAUGACUCGUCUUGUUACACUAGAAGAUCCUAAAAACAAGGUUUAUUCAAGACCUUCACACCCCAAAUUGGAUGGUAUUCACUCCGCCUUUGCAGAUUGGUCACCCGUCUCAUUCGGCUUUACGUCAAGUCUGGAAGAUGUCAACCGAGGCUUGUUGGAGACAGGCAUUAGUAAAGGAAAUCAAAUUCCCAUGUCUCGGUUUAGAAAUAACCUUACUAUAUCUGGAACCGUGCCUUGGGAAGAAGACAAAUGGCUUGUAGCAAAGAUCGGAGAAGUAACGUUUUAUAUUGUUCAACCUAUUGCACGUUGUACAGUGCCCGGCAUUGAUCAAGACAGCGGCAAGAAGGAUGAAUGGGAUGGCAAGGGCCCUACAGAUUAUCUAAAAAUAUAUCGUCAAUUUACAGAUGAACCAGGUCAAGGCCAAUUCUGCUGUGAUGUUAUCCCACUUACCUCAGGAAAGGUUCGCGUUGGUGAUCGUGUUGAGGUAUUGGAGUACAUUCCACAAGAGUAUCAACAAAAGCCUAUUAAGCCAAAUGUUAAUGAGAACGGCAUCUAAAACUAGAGCAAUAAAUUUUUAUUGAAUAUAUAUACAUGAAUUGAGUUUUAUAUAAAUAUAUAUAUAUGUAUAGUCUCAGUUAAACCAUUAGAGGAAGACGAGACAAGGUCUAAUGAGAAAUAUGAUCAUUUCUGUGGAGAG